GUUUAGAAUCAGACUAAACCUCAAGAUGAUGAAAGAGAUUCCGAUAACUACACCAUCCAAAUCUGGACACUUUUACGUAAUUAAGCAACGAUAUCAUGGGCGCUAAUGCAUUGACAGCUUGACCUUGCCGACGGUUGGCUUGCUGGAUGGCCUGAACCCCCACUCUACACACACUCUCACUCAUCUACCACUUCGCUGACACCAUGAGUUGGGCAGGAUUCAAGAAGUCUAUGAACCGGGCAGGAACCACUCUCCUGCAAAAGACCGGGCAGAUUGAACGUACCGUUGACAGAGAGUUCGCCGAUGAAGAGGCUAAGUACAAAACUUUCGAGAAGGAAUGUCAAGCGUUGCAGAAGGAUAGCAAGGGAUACCUGGAUGCUAUGCGAGCAAUGACUGCUGCACAAACCCGGCUUGCGGAAACCAUCGAUACCUUCUAUGGUGCAGCGGAUAAGGCUUCCGAGGGCGCAAUGGCGGCACACGCAUACAAACGAGCCGUCGACGACCUUGAUACCGGUGUUGGAAGGGAACUAGAUGCUCCGUACCGGACCACUGUGAUGGAACCAUUAGGCAAGAUGAAUGCAUACUUCCCCGUCGUUAACGAACAUAUUGCGAAACGAUCGAAGAAGCUCCUCGACUACGACGCCGCUCGUAGUAGAAUGAACAAACUAAUCCAGAAACCUAGCGAAGACCCCACCAAGCUUCCGAGGGCACAACAAGAGCAUGACGACGCCAAGGAAGUCUUCGACAUGCUCAACGAGCAACUAAUAGCAGAACUACCUCAGCUCUUAGAUUUGCGCGUACCAUACUUUGACCCUAGCUUUGAAGCGAUGAUCCGAAUGCAAUGCAAAUUCGCGGAGGAAGGCUAUGAGAAGCUAAGCGGCGUGCAAAGGUAUUUCGCAGACAACGUUCGCGAUGACUAUGCAGCUGGUCAACUGGAUGCUCAAGUGGAAGGUGUGCUGCAAGAGAUGCGCGAAUUGUCUAUCUGUGGUGCAAGUUGAAGACUUAUCUGACACUUGGAGGUUAUGUACAGUACGUAGGAUUAGGGAUUACAUCUAUUGCACUUCAAGUAUCCGUGAAGACGCUGAAGGAAAGUAUGCCAUAUGCAUGAGUGAUCAAUAAGGAAUGUGUAUGCGC